GUUCGGCCGCAGGAGAGCCACCCAGAUACCGGUCGUCCUUCUGGUGAUAUUCCUCGCAGUUGUUGGAGUUUCUCCAAAUUUCUACGUUUACAUCGUGUCACAGUUCAUCGUUGGAGCUGCACUCGGAGGAUACAGAAUCAACUCCACCGUGUUAGCCACAGAGUGGAUCGGGAUCACCAAAAGGUCCUUUGCCUCCUGCAUGAGCCAGAUGUUUUCGGCGGUUGGACAGUGCGUCAUGGCCGGUCUGGUCUACGUCAUCCGCGACUGGAGGGAGGCGCAGUUCGUCAUGGUGGGAGCGCAGGGCGUUAUUCUGCUCUACAUUUGGUGGAUUCCUGAAUCUGCGAGGUGGCUGCUGGGACAGGGAAGAACCGAAGAGGCGACUCAGUUGAUACGUCAAGUUGCAGCAAUAAAUAAAAAGCAAAUCCCAGAGAAUCUGCUGGACGAGGUAACUGGGGAUCGAGAAGUCCAGAGUGGAGGACUGAAAGCCAUUUUUAGCUCAACAGUCUUGACAAAAUAUUUAUUCAUUGUAUCUUUUGCUUG